ACCUGUGUAAAGGAAAUGAGGCCUUGCUGUUUGCUACUCUUAUUUUCUUCCUUCCUACUGAUCAAUAUAAGCCCUCGUUAUGCCCAACUCCUCUACAAUAUCUGCUCAAACACAACCAGUUACACUCCUAAUAGCCCCUUUGAAACCAAUCUUGACAUCCUUCUUCCUUCUCUUUCUUCUAAUGCUAUUAACACUGGCUUCUACAACACCUCUGUGGGCCAAUAUCCAGACCAGGUAUAUGGGCUCGCUCUCUGCAGAGGUGAUGCCACCCCUGAAGUUUGUCGGAAUUGUCUGGAAACAAUCAUUCACGACGUCGUCAAACAACUGUGUCCUAACAGGAGAGGUGCAACAGUAUGGUUUGUGAUGUGCUUUCUACGCUUCUCUGACAACAGAUUCUUCUCUUCAACGGAGGAACUGGGAACAAUAAACUUUCAAACUCCGGUGAACUUAACGGAUCCCGAUCGAUUUCUUCCUUUCGUGAAAGAUUUCAUGGGUAACCUUUCAUUCCAGACGGCCUUUGAUCCUUCUGAUAGCAUGUUUGCGGUGAAGAAGCAAAAAUUUAUGGGGGACACGGUUUAUGGUCUGAUGCAGUGCACCAGAGAUUUAUCAAGGAAUGACUGUUACAAUUGCUUAAAGGUCGCCAUGAAAGAUUAUGAAGGAUGCUGCUAUUUUAAUCGAGGAGCGAUAAUUCUAAGGUCCAGUUGUUUAUGGAGGAUUGAAUUCUACCAGUUUUAUGAAGAAUCAGGUGCAACACAGUCUCCUCCGUUGACAAACACCACUUCACAGGAGAGAAAGGAAAAGGGGCAGCCUACCCUAUUGAAUUAUCUGGAGGCAAGAAAUAGUACCAACUUCUCUGGCAAUAAUAUACAAACGGGAAAACAAGUUAAUUCUCAAGAAAUGCCGUUGAUCGACUUAGCUACUCUCCAAGUUGCUACAAGUAACUUCUCUUCGGAGAAUAAACCUGGAGAGGGUGGAUUUGGUCCUGUUUACAAGGGUGAAUUGCCAAAUGGCAAGAAAAUAGCUGUAAAAAGGCUUUCCACAAGCUCAGUGCAAGGUUCUGAAGAAUUCAAGAAUGAGGUUACCUUAAUUGCGAGACUUCAACACAAAAAUCUGGUAAGGCUCUUGGGUUGUUGCAUUGAGAGAAAAGAAAAGAUGCUGAUCUAUGAAUUCAUGCCGAAUAGCAGCCUUGAUGUCUUUCUCUUUGAUCGACAAAGACAUGAUCAGUUGGAUUGGAGCAGGCGCCUCAGUAUUAUUAAUGGAAUUGCAAGAGGCCUCUUAUAUCUUCAUGAGGAUUCUCGACUCAAAAUCAUUCAUAGGGACUUAAAAGCUAGCAAUGUUUUAUUGGAUGAGGAAAUGAAUCCAAGAAUAUCUGACUUCGGCAUGGCUAGGAUCUUGGCUGGCAACGAAAAUCAAGCUAAAACCAGGAGAGUCGUGGGGACAUAUGGGUACAUGGCUCCAGAGUAUGCUAUGGCAGGGUUAUUUUCAGUGAAGUCAGAUGUUUUUAGCUUUGGGGUUCUGCUACUAGAGAUCAUAAGUGGUAAAAGGAACAAUGGACUCCGAUUAUCUGAGCUUUCUCUGAGUCUCCUAACACAUGCAUGGCGACUAUGGUCUGAAGGCAAAGGCUUGGAUUUCUUAGAUCCUUCCAUAAUUGACUCAUGCCCAACAAGUCAAGGGUUGAGAUGCAUCCACAUUGGGUUACUGUGUGUUCAAGAAGCAGCAGCAGACAGACCCACAAUGUCAAAUGUUGUUGUCAUGCUGGGUAGUGAGUCCAUAGCUCUUCCUCAACCCAAGCGACCAGCAUUUUCAGUCGAGCGUUUUAUUAUGAAUUCAGAACAAUCUUCAUCCAAUGCUGAAGAUGGAUCCAUCAACGAUGUAACCAUUUCAAAUGCUGUAACUGCAACAUCGCCACAAAACUGGAGAAGAGAUGAGAAGAAGAGGGAGUUCAUCAGAGCUUCACACCAUAUGAUAGGAAACCUGAACCUCUUGCGUAAUACCGAGACCGUGACCGGUUUCCAGGUUGGAUUGCCCGAUGGAAAGCAUGUCAUGGCAAUAAAGAAAGGGAUCGCCAUUUUGAAUGCGCACAUGAAGCUUACAGAUGACAGCACUUCGAGGAUGGUGAUUGGUGCGGGUGAACUACGUGGAGGGCUCUACUGCUUCAAAGGUGCGCACUCAAGCAAAGUUCACAAAGCAAAGGUUGAAGCAUCAUACGAGUUAUGGCAUAGGAGAAUGGGUCAUCCCUUUGAGAAAGUAAUUAAACUUCUUCCUGAUUUAAACAUUAGAUGUGAUAGUAGAAAUAGGUUAUGUGGUGUUUGUUCAAAAGCCAAACAAACAAGAAGUGCGUUUGAUUCUAGUGAAAAUAAUGCAAAAGGGACUUUCGAUUUGAUUCAUUGUGAUUUAUGGGGUCCGUACUCGAUACGGGCAUCUUGUGGUGCCUCGUAUUUUUUGACCGUGGUCGAUGACUUCUCAAGAGCCAUUUGGGUAUUCUUACUUAAUGACAAAAGUGAAGUAGGAAAAACACUGCGGAACUUCUUCACUAUGGUAAAACGCCAAUAUAGAAAAUUGGUGAAGAUAGUUAGAAGCGACAAUGGUACUGAAUUUACUUGCUUGAAGGAAUAUUUCUCUGAGCAAGGCAUUAUACAGCAGAUCUCAUGUGUUGAAACACUGCAGCAGAAUGGACGUGUCGAGAGAAAGCAUAGACAUAUACUGAAUGUUGCUAGAGCACUUAGAUUUCAGGCCAAUCUCCCUCUUGAGUUUUGGGGAGAAUGUGUUAUGACAGCCGGUUAUCUGAUCAACAGGACCCCCUCCACUCUCCUUUUGGGUAAAACACCGUAUGAGAUGUUGUAUGGGGAGAAACCAAGCUACAAACAUAUACGCACAUUUGGAUCAGCUGUCACAACUAAUCAUGAACCCCAGAGGUAUUCAGAGGCUGUCAAGGACUCUCGUUGGAGAGAAGCAAUGAGAAAGGAAAUUGAAGCCUUAGAAAACAACAAAACCUGGAUAGUGGUGGACUUACCGCCAGGGAAAAAGGCUAUCGGAAGUAAAUGGGUAUACAAGAUAAAGUACCACUCAGAUGGCACAAUAGAGCGGCACAAGGCACGUUUGGUGAUAUUCGGAAACAAACAGGUUGAAGGGAUAGACUACAAUGAAACAUUUGCACCUAUGGCAAAGAUGGUUAUAGUCCGCACAUUCCUUGCAGUAGCUGUGGCUAAAAACUGGGAACUGCAUCAGAUGGAUGUGCAAAACGCGUUCCUUCACGGAGACCUGCAAGAAAAAAAGCAGGAACAGUUGAACAUCUUGGUGUAUGUGGAUGAUCUUGUUAUCUCUGGAAAUAAUGGCAAUGCUAUACGAAGAUUCAAGGAGUAUUUGAGUCAAUGCUUCCACAUGAAAGAUUUGGAAGCUUUGAAGUAUUUUUUGGGAGUGGAGGUCGCCAAAAGCCAGAAAGGUAUUGCUCUUUGUCAGCGGAAGUAUGCUUUAGAUAUCAUAUUAGAAAUUGGAUUGCUAGGAUCUAAGCUAGCUGGACUUCCCCUGGAACAAAAUCAUAAACUAGCUCUGGCAGAUGGUCCUCUGAUGAUGAAACCAGAGAGUUACAGGAGGCUUGAGGCGGCUUUACGUGUGGUGCGAUAUUUGAAAGGCAACCUAGGACAGGGAAUUUUCCUUCCGGCUGACAGUGAUCUUCGGUUGAAUGCUUACUAUGAUUCUGACUGGGCCGGGUGUCCACUGACACGACGCUCUCUCACUGGAUACUUUGUGUUAUUGGGACAAACACCUAUCUCAUGGAAGACAAAGAAGCAACUUACAGUAUCCAGAUCAUCGGUAGAGGCGGAAUAUAGGUCCAUGGCAAUAGCUGCUUGUGAAUUGAAAUGGUUAAAAGGGUUGUUGCAUUCAUUAGGAGUCGGUCAUCCUGAUCCUAUGCUUUUACACUGUGAUAGUCAAGUAGCCUUGCAUAUCGCUGCGAAUCCGGUCUUCCAUGAGAAGACUAAACACAUUGAAGUAGACUGUCACUUUGUCCGCAAUGAAAUUCAGAAUGGGAAUAUACGGCCUUCCCACGUCAGGAGUUCCGAGCAACUUGCUGAUAUGUUUACGAAGACAACAUACAGUCUUUAUGUUUGGGUUUUUAUUGUUCAUUCCACCCCUUUAUGUUUCCGUGUGGUCCCAGAGAAAUCACAUUCCAAAAACCCUCUCAACCAGGAGCUGUUUGAGAGACCUUGUCGUGCUGACCCUCCUUACCAACUCUGUUCAAGCGCAUAUAGUUACAUGAUCAAUAGCACGUUUCAAUAUAAUCUCAAUCUCCUUCUCCAGAAUUUAUCCGCCAAAGCUUCUCUCUCAGUCUUCAAUAAGGCUACCGUUGGCAACAAUUCAGAUAGUGUGUAUGGCCUCUUCAUGUGUAUAAAUUUUGUUUCUCUUGACAUUUGUAAGGCUUGUGUAGAAAGUGCAAUUCAGGACAUCAACCGACUGUGUCCAAACCAAAAAGAAGCAACCGUUUGGGAGGAAUACUGUCAAUUGGGCUACUCGAACCAAAGUUUCUUUGGCCAAGUUCAAGAUAGAAAUAUUCAUCUGAUGAACCCCAAUAACUUAACAAACCCAGAUCAGUUCACUCCGGUUGUGAGAAGCCUACUAGCUAACCUUUCUAAGGAGGCUACAAUCAAUACCUCAAACAGAACGUAUGCCAUUGGAGAUGUUAAUUUUACCAACCAUGAUAAGAUAUAUGGUCUUGUGCAGUGCACCAACGACUUAUCUGCAGAUGAUUGUUAUCAGUGUCUCCAAAAUUCUACAGAUGAAAUUCUAGGUUGCUGCUUUUUCUAUAGAGGAGCAAGAGUACUUAAUAGGAAUUGCGACUUAAGGUAUGAGUUGUAUGAUUUCUAUAAUAAUGCCACUGCUCCAACUCCGCCUACCAAUUCCGGUAAUGAAAUUAAGCCAUCAAAGAUUCUAAUUGCUGUUAACAUACUGGCAUGUAUUAUGGUAGCUCUUUUAAGCUCAUGGAUCUACUGCCUUGUUAGGAGAAAUAAAGGAUCAAGAAAAGAGAAGAACAAAAUUAUGCUUGAAGAACCUCCUUUACAGGAUACCCAUCGUCCAAUUAGGACAGAUUUUUCAUACCAAAACGUUCUAGGAAUGGAUCAGAGGGAAUCUCAGGUUUUUCCCAUGGUUAGUUUAGCUACUAUACAUGAAGCUACAAAUGGCUUCUCUGAUUUAAAUAAGAUUGGACAAGGUGGUUUCGGUCCAGUUUACAAGGCAACUCUACCUGAUGAAACUGAAGUAGCAGUUAAGAGGCUAGUAAGUUCAGAGCAAGGUUCAGAUGAAUUCAUGAAUGUAAUGAAACUUCAACACAAAAGUCUUGUGAGGCUCUUGGGAGGUUGUGUGGAAGGAGAAGAAAAGCUACUCGUCUACGAAUAUAUGCCCAAUGGAAGCCUUGAUGCUGUUCUCUUUGAUGAGAGAAGACGAGCACUACUCGAUUGGAAAAAACGAUUUAACCUUAUUGUUGGAAUUGCUCGUGGAAUUCUUUAUCUUCACGAGGACUCUCGACUUAGAAUCAUUCAUAGAGACUUAAAAGCUAGCAAUGUGUUAUUGGAUCAGCACAUGAACCCAAAGAUUUCAGAUUUUGGCAUGGCAAGGAUCCUUGAAAGAAAUCAUAGUGAAGCUAACACUGCUAGAAUAGUUGGAACUUAUGGAUACAUGGCUCCAGAAUAUGCUAUGGAGGGGUUGUAUUCUAUAAAGUCAGAUGUUUUCAGCUUUGGAGUUCUCAUGCUUGAGAUCAUAAUUGGAAGAAGGAAUGCUGGCUUCCAUCUGUCCAAACACGCUCCUAGUCUGUUAGCAUAUGUAUGGAGAUUAUGGAGAGAAGGGAAAGAGUUAGAGUCGAUGGAUCCAUUGUUAACAGAGUCAUGUUGUAAAAUUGAGUUUGAAAGAUGUAUCCAAGUUGGAUUAUUGUGUGUGCAAGAAGACCCGAUGGAUAGACCUACCAUGUCAUCGGUAGUUGUCAUGCUUAGAAGUGAAACAGUAUCUCUUCAAGAACCACAACAACCUGCAUUCUCUGUUGGGAGGAUUGCGAUGCAGUCUGGCCAUUCUUUGAGGAGUCCUGGUGAUCUUUCAAUCAAUGGAUUAACUGUUUCCGCUGUUCUUCCGAGAUGA